AUGUUGCAGUAUUAUACUUACCGUGUAGCUGUUCGGUUUAGUCUGAUUCAUUAUGGAAAGAAAUUAUUUCAACAGUAUUGUGUCGAUUCUUAUGUUAAAGUUGAGGGUAACAACUUAAACUACAUUCGAGCAAAUCAAACAAACCUGCGUGUUGACAGUUAUGAAGGUUUAGCUGACCACUUGAAUGCACGAGCUGAAGAGCGAGGCCUUCAAACUGGACAUAUUGUUGUUCUUCCUUCAAGUUUUCAAGGAAGCCAACAUGCACAUGAUCGACCUGAUUUAGUUUCUCGAGUUUUUAAAUUGAAACUAAAUGAACUCCUAAAAGAUGUUACUGAAAGGGGUGUUUUAGGUAAAACUGUAUCACAUUUUUAUGUUAUAGAAUUUCAAAAGAGGGGUUUACCUCAUUGUCAUUUGUUACUUCAUUUAGAUCCCAAUGAUAAAGUUCCGGAUGCAGAUGACAUAGACAGUGUUAUUUCAGCCGAAAUUCCUAAUCAACAGGAACAACCUGAGCUGUUUGAAAUUAUUCGGUCAUUGUCUACUGUUGCUGACGUAGAUGUAUAUCCAUUGUAUAGACGUCGCAAUAAUGGAAUACAUAUCAGUGUCAAUAAUGUUGAUGUAGAUAAUCGAUGGGUUGUUCCCUACAAUCCAUGGCUCUCCAAGAAAUACAAUGCACAUAUAAACUUAGAUGCUUGCAUGUCUGUUAAAUCUGUAAAAUACCCGUAUAAAUAUAUUUAUAAAGGUCAUGAUUGUGCCAACAUUAAGAUCAAUGAACGUAUUGAUCACGAUGAGUUACAGACAUUUUUGGACGCUAGGUAUGUCAGUGCGCCAGAAGCAGAAUGGCGUCUUUUUGAAUUUAAAAUGCAUCAGCAAUCUCAUGUUGUCCAUAGACUGCCAGUGCACUUGCCUAAUAACCACAUUGUUUAUUUUCAGCAAGGCCAGGCUGAAGAAGCUGUACGCAGAGCUGCAAAUCAAGCCACUAAAUUAACAGCUUGGUUUGUGCUAAAUGCACAGAAUCGCAAUGCUCGCCAAUAUUUUUAUCUAGAAAUUCCUCUUUGUUUUGUUUUCAUUAAUGCCAGGAAAGUUUGGACACCCAGGCAAAACUUAAACUUUAAAAUUGUUUCCAGAAUGAAUAGUGUGAGUCCUCGCGCAGGUGAGCUUUUUUAUUUACGUAUGCUAUUAUUGCAUAUACAUGGUGUAACAUCUUUUGAAGAUUUAAAAACUGUGGAUGGUAAUGUCACUGAAACAUUUCGCGAAACCUGUUUAUUGCGUGGACACCUGCAAGAUGAUACUGAAUGGAACAACACUUCGCAGGAGGCUGUAAACUUUCAGAUGCCUCGACAAUUGAGACAACUGUUUGCAGUAAUACUUAUCCACUGUGAACAUUCUGAUCCUUAUACUUUGUGGACAAGAUACAAGGAUGCUAUGUGCAAGGAUUAUCUUCGCCAAAUGAAUGAAUUCCCAGUACAGGAUGAAAUACCUCUAGCUGAAAACAUUGACGUAGCUAUGGAGGCUGAAAGAGUUUCUCAACUGAGGGUUCAACUUACUGAAGAACAGACAGGACUGGCUAAUGCUGUUUCAGAGGCUGUUGUAAAUGUUGCUUACAAUACAGCCCAAAACAACCGUCUGUUUUAUUUAGAAGGUGCUGGUGGCAGUGGUUUUCAUGUUGGAACUGCUGUAUUUACUGGUAUAGCAGCAACUGUUUUGAAAAACGGUACCACAAUACAUAAACUGUUUCGAUUACAAGUUCCUAUUUUAGAAAACAGUACAUGCAACAUAAGUCCAGUGUCUGCUUAUGCUGCAGAGCUACGACAAAAAAUCUCUUUCUACUUGAUGAAUCUUCCAUGA